AUGGUUGAACGUAAUUCCGAUCAAUUGCUGUUUUGUAAAUUAUGUCCUGUUGAAACAAAAGAUAGAUUUUGUGUAGCAAAUUGUAUUGGAUGUAAAGAUUUAUUUUGUUUUGCUCAUUUGAUGGAACAUCGUCAACAAUUAUCAGAUCAAUUCGAUCGAUUGAUUAAACAACAUACAGAUAUAAAUGAACAUUCAUUGACCGAAGUAAAUAUUAGGCAACACUUAGAAUAUAUUGAUAAAUGGGAAAGUGAAAUAAUUCAAUUAAUUCAACAGCAUACAAAAGAUGUUAAAGAAAAAAUUCUUUCUAUAUUUAAUGUAUAUAAAAAUGAAUUAAAACAACGACAUACAAAUCUUGGAAAAGAUCUUAGUGAUAAACGAGUUUUAAAUGCAAUUAUUGAAGGUGAUUUGAAGGAGUUAUCAGAACAAAUAGAACAAUUAGAUAAAGAUAUUCAAAAUGUUAAUAAAGUAUUACAUCAAAUAGCUGUCAAAGAAUUAAAUUAUAUACCCGAAAAAUGUCAUAAAUCAAUCAACACUACAGAAAAAUCUAUACAAUGGAAUUAUUUAUAUGAUAUAAAACUUGAUUCAACCUAUGGCUAUAUGGCAGCUAAUAAUAAACAAAUACUUCUUGGCUGGAAAAAUCGUAUUGUUAUCUAUCAUGUUGAUGGUACAAAACAUGAUGAAACACAUUUACACUCAAUUGAACAAUAUGGUGAAUUAUCUGAUCUAAUAUGGUCAUCGGCAAUGGAAUGUUUUUUUAUUUUAUGUCGAAAAUCUGUAUUUGUGCAUUAUCCAUCAAGUAAUAAAAUAGAAAUAUUACCAAAUAUUACAAUAUUUAAUCACUGUAAUAAUUAUAUAUCAAUCGCAACGUAUAGAAGUAAAUUAUAUUUGUUAAAUGAAACAUCGCUUGAUGUAUGGGAACUGCAAAAUAAUCUAUUUUUAUUAGAUUGUUCAAGAUUAAUAAAAGCGAUUGUUAAAAAUUGCUUAGAAGAAACUAUCUCUUGUAUACGUGCAAAUGAACAAAAUCUAGCUGUACUUAUACAAAAUAAUAAAACACAUGCAUGGCGUUUAGAUUUAUUUAAUACAGAUCGAUUUCAACGUACUUAUAUGGGUACAUCAUUUGAUUGUUUCAAUCAAAACAAUCUUGGUUUAUUUAUGACAUUUCGUGACAGUAUUUAUUUGUUUAUGAAUUGGGAAACGAAAUUAAUGCGGAUGAUAGAUUCAAAUGGUUUGAAUCAAAUUAUUGAUUAUAAUGCAUUUAAUGCAUGUUUAUUAGGUACACAAAAUAAAAUAAUUGUCAAUUAUAUGACACAUUUAAAAAUCUAUGAAUUUUGA